CAUCAUGUGAAUGGGAAUAGUAUGGUUGAACCCUUUCCAGAAGGAAUGCACAUGGCAAUAUUUGGGAUGGGCUGUUUCUGGGGGGCAGAGAAGAAAUUUUGGAAGCAGAAAGGAGUCUACUCUACUCAAGUCGGUUACGCAGGAGGAUAUACCCCAAAUCCCACAUAUGAAGAAAUCUGUUCAGGCAAAACUGGCCAUACUGAAGUUGUGCGAGUGGUAUUUCAGCCGGAAACCAUCAGCUUUGAGAAACUGCUCAAGGUCUUCUGGGAGAAUCAUGACCCGACACAAGGGAUGCGGCAGGGAAAUGAUGUUGGGACACAAUAUCGGUCUGCCAUCUAUACAGUCACCCCAGAACAAAUGGAGUCUGCCUUGAAAUCUAAAAGUGAUUACCAAAAGGCAUUGACAGAGAAUAGUUUUGGGGUCAUCACAACUGAAAUCCGCGAGGCUCCAGAGUUCUACUAUGCUGAAGAAUAUCACCAGCAGUACCUAAGCAAACACCCUAAUGGUUACUGUGGACUUGGAGGCACAGGGGUUUCCUGUCCUAUUGGUAUUAAAGUAUGAUCCUUACUCACAGGGCACAUAUCCAACAUAAAGAAUUGUGUUUUGGAUUUUUACUGCAGACUUCAGUGUAGCUUUCACAAAUAUAAAAACAGUGGCAUUUAUUCUCAAGGAAAGGCAUAGUAUCAAGUAAUGCAAAAUUAAUUGUGGAAUCUUCUUUGGACUAUUUCCUUUUGAGUUUAGAUAAGAAAAAAACACAUUUUUUAAAUAGAAAUAAAUUCAUUACAUUUAGAAAAUCUGCAUAGUAGAGGAGGAUUUUCUGCUUAGACGUAGUUCUCUGCCUUUUCAGAGGAUGAAUAACCUUCUGAUACUGCGUAGGAUCACUCUUAAAAAUAUAGGAACAUCUGAAAUGGCACUGACCAUGAUGAUUUAUAUCAGAGACAGGCAAUUUCUGAAGUCAUGAAGGCCGCAAUGGUCUGUCUCUGGCAUGUUGAGGGCUAAACUCUAAAUGUGCAAUGUCCAUUGGUGCAGUGUUUAAAAGAGUUAUGUUUUUUUAAAAAAAACAAAUAAAUGCACAAGCUAUUGCAAGGGUCAAGAUUAAGGAAAUCUCACUCCUUAAGCACUCUCCCAAUCCCUAAAAUGAGGGGGAACAGUUUGAAGAUUUUGGCUCUCUUUAUUGGCCAGAUUUGCAAAAGUGAUCAUGGUAGAUUGUAUGUAACAUAUAGGCUGCAAUUUUGCAUACUUAUAAUCUUGCUGAAUAUGUAUGCAUCUGAAUCACGUUAGUGCCAUAUAGAGUGAUAUAUUUUGGGUAGGAUUUGCUGGGAUUUUAUAUCAUAUAAGCUAACAUAACUUUUUACAUUAAUACUGUAAGCUGAAGAGUUAAGGCAAAGAUAUGCAUGUCAUGUUUAAGUAACAAGAAAGAAUAUUAGCAAACUUAUUGGGGGGAAAGUUUCCUGGGAAUGAAUUGAAAUUGAGAAAGAGGAGCCAAGGGCAGGGUUAGCAUUUCCACACCUCUCCGCAUUUCUUUACUCAAAAUAUCCAAUCUUGCAAUUCACUUCAUAAAUUAUCACCAGAGAUAUAAUAUUAACAGCGAGCUAUUAGCCUGAUAGCUCUGCCUCAGAUUGUGUUCCAUUAUGUAUAUGCUUUUUGAAGUUAACUGCUAAAUAAAUUUCAAGUGGGAACAUUAUGUAGCUAUAACCACCCUUAAUAACUAUUACAUUAUGCAAGAAAUUGGGUAUUUGCUGAAAGUAAGUGAGGGAUGCGAGAACAUUGAUGUUGAGUAAGUUUCUUAAUUGAUUUCUCGGCUUGAUUCUGAAAUGUAAAGGGGAAGCUUGAAGUUUUAUGUAGGCUCUCCACUCACAGAUUUCUUUCAGGCCCCAAAUAUUUGUUUCAUACAAAUAUGUUUAAGAAGGUGUUCCGUAAUUCUUUCACCAGUCCCAAUCUCUUAUGCCAACACACACACACACACACACACACACACACACACACACACACACANGAGAGAGAGAGAGAGAGAGAGAGAGAGAGAGAGAGAGAGAGAGAGAGAGAGAGAGAGAGAUAUUCUCAAUAUUGGGAAGGGAUCAUAUGCAGAAGAAGCAAAGUAUUCUGUUGACCUGAGAAUUGGUCUGAAUUGGUAGGAAGACUGUAUCAAAUAUAUCACAAUAAAGGGCUGCAAAUAUAUAUGAUGGUUCAUAUCUGCUUUGUACUGUUAUAUUAAGUAUAUGAAAUCCAAGUCUGGGACUUCACUUUUGGCUCACAGCUUGGUAGCCAUGGAUCAGAUACUCCUUCCUGGAGGUCUCCACAUAGCCAUAAAUAUGUACUCCCAAUAUUUGUGGUGCAUCUCUCUUCCAAAUGCUCUCUUGUAAUAAAGAAAUAUGGGUGAAAUUGUGAA